AUGGUUGAUCUGUUCCAAGGAACAUGGAAAUCCAUUUCUUGUGAAAAUUUUGAAGAAUAUAUGAAAGAACUGGGAAUAGGAAGAACCAGCAGGAAACUUGGCUGUCUGGCAAAGCCCACUGUGACCAUCAUGACAAAAGAAGAUUUGAUCACUAUAAAAACCAAAAGCAUCUUUAAAAAUAAUGAAAUCUCCUUUAAACUGGGAGAAGAAUUUGAGGAAACCAUACCAGGUGGCCAUAAAACCAAGAGUACGGUAAUCUUAGAUGAAGGCUCCUUGAUUCAGGUUCAGGACUGGGAUGGCAAAGAGAUCACCAUAAGGAGGAAGCUGGUGGAUGAGAAACUGGUGGUGAAAACUGUGGUGAACAAUGUUACCUGCACACGAACAUAUGAGAGAGUACAACAAACUCAGUCUCAAACUCUUAGGCACUCUCAAACUGUGAUCCAAACUGCCAAGGCUGUUUAAAUAAAAAU